AUGGCGUCUUUAGGUAUUAAGACACUUGGCGCUCAAGAAGCUAUUGAGCUUGAUAAGGAGCUUAUGGGGUCUGGAGGGUAUUCGUUGGAUCAGCUGAUGGAGUUGGCGGGGUUGUCGGCCGCUCAUGCGAUUUAUAAAGUGCACCCUCCUAGCAAUGGUGAACGUAUAUUGGUUCUUUGUGGCCCUGGAAACAAUGGGGGGGAUGGAUUAGUCGCGGCUCGCCAUUUAUGGUACUACGGCUAUAAGCCCACCAUAUACUUCCCAAAGAAAGGGAAGAAUGAGAUCUUCGAGCGUCUCUCGACCCAAAUGCAAAAACUAGGAAUCCCGUUCACGGAAGAUUAUGAAACCGCAUUAAAGGAAACUGACCAUAUCGUCGAUGCAAUCUUUGGCACUACAAUCCGCCCACCCUUCGAUGCAGUAAUAACUGCCAUGAAAUCUUCUCCACUCCCAAAAACCUCAAUCGAUGUCCCAUCAUCAUGGGACAUAGAACACGGCCCACCAUCCGAGGGCCCAGGAAAGGAUUUUGCACCAGAUAAUCUAAUCUCUCUGAUGGCUCCAAAACACCUGGUAAAGUAUUUCAAGGGAAGACACUUUUUGGGAGGAAGGUUUUGUCCACCGUAUUUGGAAGAGAAGUACGGAUUGGAUUUGAAGGGGUUGUAUAAGGGGGUUGAUCAAAUCGCUGAGUUGCCUAGGCUUGAAUAA